UGUGAAAUAUAAGUAGUCACGCGGUCUGCCAUCAUCACGGACAUUACCGACCUCUUUCGAGCCCUGUGUUAACAGGAAGGUACGUAGACGACCACGUAAUUGCGUAAUACGACCGAUUCAGCGGAAAAGCGCGCUCGCUGCGACAGAGUGAUGCGUAUCAAGGACAGAUAAGAAUGGAUCGACCGAUUUCAUCAUCGCCGUCGACGACGGGAGCGUGUUCCGUCAACGUGAAGAUUCAGUCGUCGGCAAUACGGCGGGACACGUGCAUCCCAGAUGCAUCGACUUGUUGCGACACACACAACGCUGCAGCUGUCUGUCAAAGUAGCGUUGCAGCGAGCGCGUUCACCAAGAAGCGUUGCAACUCGGUGCCUCUCGCCCUACGUUUGUUCCCGGUGACGCUGCGAAAGAAACAACGAAAAUGCGCAUUAUAUUCGUGAAAUUUCGGGAAAUCUCUCGUAAAUACCCAAUCAUUCGAGGCAUGACUUCCUACUCAAUUAUAUGGCCAAGUGCCUGUUUAUUGCAACAAAAGAUAAUGGGCAAGGAGGAAUUUAAUUACAUGGAAGCCGCACGUUUUAGUAUAUACGGUGGUCUUUACGUAGCACCCACAUUAUACUGCUGGCUGAGAUGUGCAUCUUACUUCUGGCCAAAACCAGACUUGAAGUCUGCAAUCACUAAGGCUUUGGUUGAACAAGUCACAUACACUCCUGCAGCUAUGUGUUCCUUCUUUUUUGGCAUGAAUCUUCUUGAAUUAAAGCCAGUUUCGGAAUGCAUCGAAGAAGUCAAAAUUAAGUUCUGGCCAACAUAUAAGAUUGGUGUUUGUGUGUGGCCAGUCCUGCAAACUAUAAAUUUUUUCCUAAUUCCGGAGCGAAAUCGUGUUGUAUAUGUCAGUGUAUGCAGUUUAGUUUGGACAUGUUUUCUCGCAUACAUGAAAACUCUUGAAACUAAACGAAAGCAGAAGGAACUAUUAGACGUUAGUGAUGUUAAUUCCAAGAUUAUAUUAGAAAGUAAAACGCAAACCAAUGGAAGAAACAUGCAGAUUCCUCUACUACGAUGAAAUAUUUUAGGAAAAUUGACAUUUUAUUAGAUUAAUUUGUAUAUAAGUAACUUAGGACUUAUAAUUGGAAGUUACAUUUAUAUCUUAUUAUAUGUAACAUGAUGGUAUCUGUGAUAUUCACAGUACAAAAGUAUUACUUAUUUUUAUAGAUAUAUAGCUAUGUUAAAAAAAUUGAAAGUACUUAUAACUUUAGACAGGUAUUUGAAGUGAAAGAUAUUACACAAUUGACAAUAAAAUUUGGCAUAAAUUGUGUUAAUGAUGCUAAAAAUAAUAUUAAAUAAAAUCAAUUAUGAAUA